CUCCUCCUCGUAUGACGAGGGCCAUCUGGUCACCCCGCUUGUAUCUGUUCUGCAUCGAUCGUCAAACGCCCAUCUGUUCGAGUUGUUUGAGUGGCUUCUUCAUCAUUGCCCUAGGAUCUCCUACCUCAUUGACGAUCCGGUCGCUCGCUUCGUUUUGCUCUGUUCGUGUCCAGAUUCUUCCUUGGUAUCGUCCGUUUCAAAUGGCACCAACAUGGCCGUGUUUUAUGACCUCGACGACGACGACUGCCCGUCCCGCAGUCGACCGGGCACUGACUUGGGAUCGGCGCAACGCGGUAUCCGGCCAACGUCUCCUGGGUACCAGCUAAACUUAGUGGACGUAGGAGGAUCAGACAGAACGGACAGGAGUGGCGUGGCAGGGGAAGUCCCAGUGCACUCCCUGACCGCGAAUAAAGUGGCGGCUGCCUUAACAUGCUAUCCUGUUGCUUUGUCUCUCGCCUGCUCUAUCGACCUCAACGACUUACAUGCGCUUGCAUCAACCUGCAAAGGUGUACAUGCCACCCUGACACAAUUUGCACACCAGCUGAAGGCUCAUUCCUUGCGAUGUAUUCAUGAUAAGGCUUCGGUGCUCGCCGGGGCGCUUGCUGCGCAAAGAGACGGAACACAGGCGGAUGGACCACUCUACGAUGCGUUCCCGCCUACGGGCGUUGCAACCUUUCGUCCGCCCUUGCAGAAUGGCCCUGCUGUACAUGCGACGCAGAUUUCUCCGCCCGGAGGCCUUUAUACUUCGCUGGGAGCCACCAGCAAGAUUGGUCCCUGCGCUCGAGACCUAGUAGCUCCAUGCCGGCGAUGCGGAAGUGUGGUCUGUCGGAAUUGUGCGGCCAAACCCCCUAGCAACGCCAGGGUGAAGGAUCGAUACCGACGAUUGUGCAAGACGUGCUUGGAUUCAUCUUUCGAAGCACAUCUGUUGCCACUACGUUCUUUACACGGUGAGAGCGAGGGGGCAACCAGAUCAAGCGCGAGUUCCAUCAGAUCAGAACGAUCACUUUCGGGUUCAUCCUCGGCGAGUUCUGGAGGCAUCUUAGAUGACCAUGCCGCAGAACAUGAGUAUCAGCCUACUUUUACUUCACCCGCCUUCCUCCGUGGCCCUUGUACGUGCGAGUCUCAAGGUGUGUUCCUCUGCGUCCCAUGCGGACAAAAUCUCCGCGCAGCCGACACCACAUAUAAAAGGGUGUGGACCUGGCGAUCUAGAUAUUCGACACAUAUUGGCGGCGGCCUAGGUACUGGACUAGGAGUGGGCAACCAGGGACAAAAGUGUGGUCGAGGAGAAGAUUGCCUUGAGAACAGUGGCAAAGCCGUGUGUUGGGUCGAGAUUGAGUGCUCUGAAGGCCAGGCUUCCGAUGAUCAUGAAGGCAACGGCUUGAGCCGGGCGGGUACGCCCGACUAUGUCAACAAUAAGCCCGGCUAUCUGCAGCAAGAGAUUGAGGGAAUCGGCGGAGUGGUGAAGAAGAAGGUCAAGAAGCGUGUCAAGGUGGGUGCUACGGUUUGGGAGUACGAAGAUGAAAGGGCAAGUGGCAAGUAUUUGGAACGAGAAGCCACCGGUACCGCGCGCAGCUGGUGUGGGUGGUGUGAACGGGUAUGUCCGGGCGAGGACGACCGUCAUGAGUCCAUAAUGAAUUCCAUAUGAAGUGCUAGCUGGCCAUAGGAAGGAUUUUCUGGUAGGAUUUUCUGAACAGGGCGGGCUGCAGCAGAAAAGGGGAGGCCGACUAUAAAAGAAGCUAGAUGCCCGCCUGGUGGACGCAAAGCCCUUACCAUGUUGCUCAAUAAAGUCCCUUCGUAGGGUGUGGUACGAGGCACCCAUGAGCAGUUUUGCUCUCUACCUAGGUAGGUACAUACUUACUACGUAGUAAA